AACCGUGUCUCCAGGAAGAAACAUUCCUGCUGUUGCCGUUAUGAAUGAAACGACGAAGGAGGUUGUCCACUCCAUCUUGUGGCUAGAUCAUGGAAAUGACUCAACGUGUUCAUCUUUGCAACAUAAUGUGGCAUUCAUUAAAACCCACAAAACUGGAAGUACAACCAUUGGUCACUUGAUUAAUCGAUUUGGUUAUCACCAUCGAUUAUCGUUUGUCUUGAAUAAACAUAGCCGAGGUAAUGGACAUUUGGUGUAUUAUAAUAUCACGAAAGACACACCAAGGCUAAAAUUUCUGCCACCUAUUAACGUUAAACCGCGUGAUUACAAGAAUUACAGGUAUAACGUCAUUGCAGUACAUGUCCGGUACAUCCGACCCGCAAUGAACUCGUUUAUGAAACCAGGCACAAAAUAUAUAACAAUUCUACGAGAUCCGGGCAGUCAAUUUGAGUCCGCCUUUUCUCAUUUUCAGUUCGAUGAUGCAUUCCCGUUAGAGGAAAGACGGAAUUUUAAUACUACUGUAGAUAAAUUAGAACACUUUUUAACAAAACCAAUAUUUUACCGUGACCGAUUGAAAGUGCUAUCAUGGGAAAAUACUCCAGGACUGCGGUGGUUUUACGCGCGAAAUAAUCAAGCUUUUGAUCUGGGGUUAGAUCAUAAGUAUCACAUGAAUACAAGUAUUGUGGAGAAAUUUAUCAACAGGUUAGAGCGAGAGAUGACAGUAGUUUUGCUAACAGAGUACCUUGACGAGUCUUUACUCAUUUUGCGCAAGAAAAUGUGCUGGACAUGGAGUGAUAUACUGUACGUUGCGAAAAACAGACGACCCGAAGUAGAGACUUUACCAGAGUUACUACGCAAAAAGAUGCGUUCGUGGAACGCUGUGGACUCUAUGUUGUAUAACCAUUUCAAUCGUACACUGUGGAAACAUGUUGAAGAAUAUGGCCAAGAAUUCGCAUCAGAUUUAGCUUUUUUUAAAGAAAUGUUGGUGCAAGUGUUCAACGAGUGUGUUUUAAAGCAAUAUAAAAAAACUACGGGACGUGGUUUUCACUGGAUAGAAUACCAACAAAGACAAGGAUCAUCCACCGAGUGUGAGCUCCUUGUUGAAACUAAAAAAAAGUUAUUUAGUAGAAUAUGGAAGCGACAAUCUGUCAUGCGCAGGGGAAAAAAUAGGAAAAAAAAAAUAAUAGCCCAGAACGUCUCAAAAGUAUUUUCGGUCGUCUAGAACACAAAAAUUUCGCGGGGACCUUUUAUUUUUCCCCCAUACAGUUGCGGCAGAAAUUAUAGAGGGUGCUAUUUUAGGUCAUUUAGGAGAACUGAUAUAUGAAUAUGCAUAGACUCCCCCUCGCGAUCGCGAAACAGAGUCAGUGGUGUAUCGAGUUUUAUGCGUGGAUGAACGCUAUGGAGUCAUUAGGCCAAAAUAUCUUAAAUAAGCCUUGGUAGUCAAGACAGUGUAAAAAUGGUAGUACUAGAUUAGACACAUUCUAUGUAGGGCUACAGCAUGGUCUUCGAAAAAAACGGAGUAGGCUAAUAUUGAAUCUGGCACCGUAUUUGAGUAGGCCUAGUGUUAUAUAGUAUUAAGAUAACUUGCGAAUAUAGGCCAAAUCAAUAAAACCAUUGGACUGAACUUUUACCUCACUACCCCACUACCUCACUAACCCAUUAAACACCUGUUGAAAGUCUCCUUAAUUAUUGUAUAUAAAGUCUUUGACAGGACAAUAGCCAAUUCAUGAUAAAAAAAAAGCCCAAGUGGUCAACUCCUUACAUUUGAUUUAUAAAAUAGGCUCAAUUGAGAGACAGCUCGUUACUAAAUAUAAGUUAAGUUCUACCCCCAAAGUUGUUAUAUUAUCUGACCAAUAGAAACUCCCCAAAAUGAUUUAAUAGCUAAUGAUUAGGAUAAGGUGAUAUCUUUCAACCAAUUAGAGAAAGUCCACCACACCCCAAGCUUGUAUGAAAAGUAAAGUAUUAGUUAUCCAGAGAAGACUUCCUUCUGAUACCUUGAAGGAAACACUACGUCUCACAACCCUACUUGUAUAUAUUGUAUAUAUCAUGCAGUAGAAUAGAAAGAUUAAACGAAAACUUACCUUAGUUGAAGUUUGAUCUGUAUUUCAUGAAGUAAUAGUAGUGGUAGAGAUGAGAUACGAGCCUAGCGCAUGCGCGGAUCAGCAUUUAACAUGAGAUUACCACAGGAGAUAAAACAUGAAAGAUUAAACAUUAACUCAAUUUGAAGCUCAACGUAUCAAAAAAGAGAAGUGAUGUUAAAUGUACAUCCCCAAGGGAGGGAGUGGUCGGGCACAUAAUCUCUACCACUACUAUUACUUCAUGAAAUACAGAUCAAACUUCAACUAAGGUAAGUUUUCGUUUAAUCUUUCUAUUUCAUUUCAUAAUACGUGGUAACGAGAUUAUUGUGAGACCUUGAAAGCUCGACUGUGGUUAUCUCAAUAAAAAAAUCAUGCCGCUCUAAACAUAGUUAGAGUCCAUGGUCUGAAGACAAUAACAACGACACUGAAAUUUAAUCUAGGUUUAGGUCUGUUUUAUUUGUAAUAAAAUGAACGUAUAAUAAACAAAAGUUAUAUAAACUACAUAUAACAAUACCGUAGGAAAAGUAUGUACAGUAUCAAUUAACGGUAUCUAGUAUCGCUGUUUGUAGAUCAUUGUUAUAUAAAAUAGGUUUGUUAUAAAACUUCUGAAAGGUUUCUUCUUUUGACCAGCCUGCCAUUGCCAUAAUAUGUUCCACCGGCACUUGUCUUAUAUUAGCAGCCGACGCCGCUGCUGUCCUAACUGAAUGGGGUUUAAAUACAUUUACCCCUGAAUUUGCUAACAUUACUUUAACCCAACGAGCCAGUGUAUCCUUUGAAACCUUAACGUGUGGUUUCCGAUAACUAAUAAAUAGCUGAUCUUCACCCCCUCUGACCUCUUCCGUAGCUUUAAGAUAUGCAACAAGCGUUUUAACCACACAUAAUGAUGGGUCCUUUGUGUAUGCUUCUAACCUUAACUGAUUGCCAUGGCAACCUGGCCGACUUUGUUUCAAAAGGUCAGUUAUAGUAAACUCGACAUAAUCAUCACCCAGAACCAUGUUAUGAAGAUUUAACAAAUGAAUAGUCUGCAAUCGACUUACAGAAGUUAAGUUCGACAUAAAAAAUAGGCGAUUGUUUCUGAAGCGCUCAAAGUGUGAUUCUGUAGGGUUUGAGGAUCUGUAUGUUGGCAGUACGGUGUGAAGGUUCAUUCCA